UUUGAAAACCUAUUGAUAAUAGAAAUUUGUUGUAAAAUUUGUUAAAUAAUUUUCAUAGCCAUCGAUGACAUGUCUAUAUCAUCGUUGAAUGUCAACAUUUGUCUGAUCGCAAUGAUGUUAGUAUUGCUGGUCAUCAUUAUCGGUGAAUCUAAAGAUUUUUGUCGAGAAUUUCUGAAUAAUGGCCACAAAAUUGAUUUCGCCUUUCGUUAUAUCGAAAGCCGACAUAAUGUCGAUACAGAGUAUCGGAAAUACUUUUUCAUUGGUAACACCUAUUGGAAGUUGACAUACAUUGACGGCACGGAUAAGACAGUUACCAUUGAUGACGAAAGUACCGGUCAGUCGGACUGGUUGUCCGGUAAGAACUAUUCGAUGGUCUGGUGUUUCUGGUUUUUGGCCGAUCAUUCUCCACGCGUACCCGGUGUACACAAUGAACACUGUCGGGUGGCCGCAGUAAAGAAAAAUUUGAAAACCAUUGAUUGGGGAGUUUUAACCGGCACUGACCUAAUGCUCAAAGGGACUGGCAAUUCAACUAAUAUAAGAUUUGAUUUGGACUUUAAGCCUACAUUUGUUUGGCAUUCAGUGGUACUUCAAUUUAAUAAUUACCGGUUCGCAACUUUCUGGUCUAACGGUGCGCCGAUAACUGAGGAGAAAACCAAAGUCUAUAAUUUUGUUGUUAUAGAGACACCGGCAAAUAAACAUAUACCCCGGUUCAUCAAUAAGACAGGUAGAAACAUAAUUACCGGCAAAAUUGAACAACAAUUGGACAUUGAAUUGAUUGGUAUUGUCGGCCAGUUUAGUACAUAUGAUUAUAAUUAUGGCACUCUAGAGACUGGUUUCAAUGGACAGGGAUCUAUUGUUUUUACCAAUGUUAACGAUAUUAUUAAAUACUGUUAUGUGGGACAACCAUUCAAUGAGACGGCUUGCAAACCCGAGCACAUGAAGACACUAAUCAAUUGUUUAGUGAAACCGAGUUUAUCGGUGACAAUGAUUAUCAUUAAAAUACUUGUUGUCGUUGCCGUACUAUUGAUGAUCAGUAUUGUCGGACUAAUUAUAUUAAUUAACAAAUAUGUUAGACAUGGAGGACGAGGACGAAGACAGUCAGCACUGUUGGUAUUGGUGUUGACUAUGAUAUCGGUUGUCAUCAUUGAGUCGAAAUUAUUUUGUAAAGAAUACAAGAAAAAUGAUAACAAAAUUGAUUUCGCGUUUCGUUAUUAUAUAAGCAAUAAUAUUAAUAAACUAACCAAAGAGUAUCGCAAAUACUUCUUCAUAGGUAACACCUACUGGAAGCUGACAUACAUUGACGGUAAAGAUAAGAUAGUUAUCAUUGAUGACGAAAGUGCCGGUCAGUCUAACUGGUUGUCUGGCCAUAAAUAUUCAAUGGCCUGGUCUCAGGAUUUUGACGACAUCAGUCAGAUCGGUGCUUUACAGAAAAAUAUGAAAUCAAUUAGUUGGGUAGGACUGUUGGAUGAUAGCAUGAAUUUAACAAAAUCAGUCAAUUUGACCGAUUGGACAAUCAAUUUUACAAAUAGCUUUCAACCUAUAUUUGCAUGGAUACCGAUACCAUUGAACUUAAAAAAAGAUUAUUUGCUAACAUUUUGGGAUAACAAAGCUAUGACCCAAACCUAUGACAUUAGAAAAAUUCAUAGUCUAUCAAAUAUAACCAAUGUUAGAGAUGAGGAAUUGGCUAUAAUAACUGGGGAACGGGAGAAACAAGUGAACAAACUAACUAAAUUGAUGGCAAUUAUGGCACAAUAUAGUCAUUAUGAUUCCGAUAAUAAUCCUAAACAAACUUAUUUGAGUGGUCAGGGAUCUCUAGUAUUCAUGUAUGUCGACACUGCCAUCAAAUACUGUUAUGUGGGAAUACCAUUCAAUGAGAUGGCUUGCAAAUCGGAUAACUUGAAGACAUUGAUUGAUUGUUCGCCAACUAAAAGUUAUUUAUUGUUUACUCUUAUAGUGAUUGUCAUCGGUUUUGUAAUAUUUAUCCUAAUUAUUGGUUUUGUCUGUUAUUUGUGUUGUAGUCAUCAUAGACAUGGACAGAGAGAUACAGAAAUAUCAUCAAACAGAUCGACAAACAAAUCAUCAAACAGAUCAUCAAACAGAUCAUCAAACAGAUCAUCAAACAAAUCGAUAAACAAGUCGUCAAUGUUUUCGAUUAUGUUAGGCACCGGUAGAGACAAAAAGUUGGCUACGAGUCCAUCAAAAACCAAUAAUAAAUCAAUGGUAUCAACAAAACCCCAGUCAAUAGCUCCGACAUCUAAACAUAAAUGA